UAUUUAAAAAAAAGAAGAGAGAGAAAGAGAAAGAAAGAAAAAAAAAAAAAAGGUAAUCAAUCAUCUCUGCAAAACUGCAACAAAAUCAGAGCAUAGAGAAAGGGAAAGACCUCAGAGAAAGACAGAGAAGAAGAACAACCACAACAACAAAGAAGAAAGAAGUUAAUUUAUUUUGUUCUCUAUUUAAGUUAGCACCGCCGUUUCCCAUGGCGGCGUUGCAGACCACUUCACUUUUGCAUAUCAAAUAAAAAAAUAUUAAAAAAAAUAAAAAAAAAAUUACCCUCUCCGAAUCUGAUUCCCAAUUCUUCAACCCUUUUUUUUCUUCUCAAAACUGCUUUCCGAUCAUCGUUCAGAGAUUGUGUUGUUGUUGUUUUUUUUUUCUGAUAUGGAUUUUGAUUCAAAAUCAGGAAGAAUAUGGCCGGUUUUUUCCCACUAGACGGCGGCGGAAGCGGGGGAAGAGUACCCAAUUAUCAUUUUCCCACUCCAACCACCGGCGGCGAAAUUAUUCAUCCGACAACCGAGGGGUUAUUUUGGUACAAGAAUUAUGAGAGAUUGGAAACAUGGGAAGGAGAAGAAGAACAUCAACAGCAGCAGCAACCGGCGCAAGAACAAGGGGGAGAAGGGUUUGUUUACUCCGGCGAUGAAUCGCCAGCAAGAUCGUCGUUGGUGAUGGUGAGAUCGGGGAGAGGCGGGGGCAGCGGAGGAGGGCCGGUAACGAGUUGCCAAGACUGUGGAAAUCAAGCCAAAAAAGAUUGUGCUCACAUGCGAUGUAGAACUUGUUGUAAAAGCCGUGGGUUUGAGUGUGAAACCCACGUGAAAAGCACGUGGGUUCCUGCCUCUAAACGCCGUGACCGCCUCCUCCGUUCCGACGGCCUCAACUCCAAACGCCCUAAAGACACCCACUACCACCCCACUUCUUCAGGGUUGGACAUGGCGAAUUUUCCGAUGGAAGUGACCACACCGGCUGUCUUUCGGUGUGUACGAAUGACAACCUUGGACGAAACCGACGACCAAUAUGCGUAUCAAACAGCUGUCAAUAUCGGAGGCCAUAUUUUUAAAGGCAUUCUUUACGAUCACGGCCCUGAACAACCACCUCCCCCGCCCUCCUCCUCCUCCGCCGCCGCAUUGCUCGAUUCAACUCCGCCCUACCCGACUCCUCUCUCCACCUAUAUCACCGCCGGUACGCAAUUUUUUCUUCCUCCAUCAUCUUAGCAAUGAAUAGGUGAAAUUGAAAUGAAAAAAAGAAAAUUAAUUAAUUAAGUGAGUGAAGGAAUUGAAGUUUCGAGUUUGUAUUAAAAGUAUAUAAUUUUUUUUUUAAGAAUAAAUUUUUAAGCUUGUAAUUUUUCAA